CAUUUUCUACAUAACAAAGAUAACUGAGCUUCGAUUUUAUUUCAAUCCAUUAUAUUUUUAACGAAAAUGUCCAAUUUAUUAGGGGUGUUGUUGUUUAUUGUUUGUCUUAUUGUAUUUGCUGUUGGUGGAAAUGGCACUGAGAAUAUCGGUGUCAAACCCGACUGUCCACGUAUCAAACUUAAACGGCAAUGGGGUGGAAAACCAAGUACCACAAUAAAUUAUCGUCCCGUGCCGGUGAAAUAUGUCAUUAUUCAUCACACGGUGACCAAUGAGUGUACCACCUUCCUGGAAUGUGCAGAAAUCUUGCAGAAUAUGCAACAUCAUCAUCUUAAUGGACUGGACUUUGAUGAUAUUGGUUACAACUUCCUUAUCGGUAACGAUGGCAACAUUUAUGAAGGCACUGGAUGGUAUGUAAGAGGUGCCCACACCUAUGGCUACAAUCAAAACGGCACCGGAAUAGCAUUCAUUGGAAAUUUUAUGGGAAAAUUACCUUCCCGCAAAGCUUUACAAUCUGCCAAGCAUCUGCUAAAGUGUGGUGUCGAAGUCGGAGCACUAGACCCAAAUUACGAUCUUUUGGCAGCUACUCAAGUAUCCUCUACAAAAAGUCCGGGCUUAACGUUAUACAAUGAAAUACAAGAAUGGGAUCAUUGGUCACCGAACAUAUCGGAAUAGAAAUUUCAUAUAUUUUAGAACAGGCUAAAACUGUAUAAUAAGCAUCUAGACAUAUCUAACAUAAGUGCACAUCACAUGCUAAUUUAACAUCCAUUUAUAUUUAUUGCUUUGGAGUUUGCAACAUAAAAAAUUCAAAAUCUGAUCAUA